AUGAGUGGCCCAGAUAAGGGUUCUGACAGUGGUCAAACUGCAAAUGAUCCAAAACAGAAGAAGGCCAGAAAUGGUCAAAUGGAAACUUAUUCAUGUGCUAGAUGUAGGAAGUUGAAGAAAAAAUGCCCGAGACAACUCCCUGAAUGCUCUAAUUGCCUGAAAGCAAGAGAGCCUUGUAAUUACCCUGGAAGAGCUCCCAGAAGAACUAAGAAAGAGUUAAGAGACGCCAUUAUGAAAGGCGAAGUACUACCUUCUAUGAGGAGAAAGCACAGGAAGAUCGAAAAAGAAUUGAAGACUGCUGAUCUCCGACAUUUAGAAAGCGUAGACGACAGGCCAGUUAACCAAGUUAUGGGCGGAAGUAUGCCUCCCCUAGGCGCAUAUCGAGGUGGAGAACAACAAUACAAUAAUGGACCACCCAUAAGUGGGAUAGACGGAAACGACUCUAUAAAUAGAGGUAAGGCUCAAUCCGUGGGAUCUUAUCAGAUAUUGCCCCCUCAAAGGAAAUCGAAACUGGUACUAGACCAAAAUCCAAAGUUUGUACAUUCCCAAAGUUCAGCAUUGAAAACUAAUGAAUACCCGGUACCGAUAAUGUCACCGCAUAUCGCAAAUCAGGUCUAUCCUGAAGGUGUAUCGUCUUUAAUUAGUGCUUUAAAUACAAUGAAUGAUAAUGUAAGUGCUAACACGCCCAUUGCUUUAAGUUAUCUUCAGCUACAGAAAUUACACCAAGAACAGCAACAAAUUCAACAACAACAAAUUCAGCAGCAACAACAGCAUCAACAUUUGGUUCAGCAACAUUUACAGCAUGUACGAGCAGAUGCCACUAGCAUUUUACCUCCAGUUACAUCUCAGACGGUAUAUACCCCAAUUCCUGGGCCGCGAACAUCACAGAUACCUUUUGGAUUCACACACGGUUAUACUGCCAGUGCUCCUCCCCCAUUAAUGCAACCAUAUUCCAUGCCUACUAGCCCAUUUGAAUCCAGGGAGAAACAACAACAGUUUGAUAAUAUCCAAUAUCAUCCCGUCUAUAAAAUUCCGCCAAUUGCGGCAAGACAAUCACCAAUUGAUGAGAUUAUUGGAAUAGAGAAUGGAAGUAUUUCUAUUGAUGCCGGUAGUAUUACUCGUGAGGUCGUAAAUUCAAGGAUGAAAGGCCCUCAUUCCACUAGUUGGGUUAACGAAGAUGGAUCACCAAAGCCUAUCAAAAAAAGUCUGUUAGAGAAAUUCGUUUCUGCAUAUUUUGAGCAUAACCACAGAUUAUUUCCUAUGGUCGAUAAAGUUACAUUUCUUAAAAAAUUGGCAACCAUUAAUAGUUUUGAAUCUAUUGAAAUGCUAGCGGUAAACAACCCCGAAUUACCUAAGACUUUCAUAUUUGAAAUAUACAUGAUAAUGGCGAUUGGCUGUACAACAUUACAAAGAGCUGGUAAAUUAACUACUGACGAGGGUCACCUAUAUGAACAUCUUGCUUAUCUAGCAAUGAGGAACUUUAGGGAUAUUCUACACCAGCAAGAUAUAACAACAUUACGUUGCUUGAUACUUCUAGGUAUAUAUUCAUUUUUUGAACCUAAGGGGGUAUCUUCAUGGACUAUAAGCGGAAUAGCUAUGAGAUUGGCCAUAGAGCUAGGAUUGAAUCGCCCAUUAACUGCAAAAGAAAUGGGUGAUAUGUCUGCCGUAGAAGUUGAGUCUCGGUAUAGAGUAUUUUGGAGUGCCUAUUGCUUUGAGAGAGUGGUCGCAACCUCCUUAGGGAGAGUGUCAGCGAUAGAUGAUGAAGAUAUUGGAAUACCACUUCCUAGAGCGCUUUACGAUAGUGAAAAAGAGGAUAUUGAAGUAACAAAUUUGAUUAUCUCUUUACGUAAAAUGGGUGGAAAGAUAUAUAAGGAAGUGCAUUCUCUAAGCGCUGGACGGAAAGAUAUAACAAUGGAACAGAAGCAACUCAUCAUACAGAAAUUGAGAAAAGAGCUUGAUGAUAUUUACGAGGAAGAGUGCGAGAAGAGAAGACUAAAGGGAAAAUCAAGAUCAUCGAAACGGUUUGAGAAGAGUAAGGAAAGUGACUCUGAUAGAGGUGUUACCGAGGAAGACGUAAAAUCAGGUAAUGAAAACUUAAUAGGAUUGCUGGCAUCAGAUGACGUUUCAAUGACUGAACAUGGCCAAUCUAUUGACAAUACACUGGAAUCUACCCCAUUACCGACUACAAUCCCAACUACUAUAGUUAAUGAUAGUGUAGAUCAGCAUUCUACCUUAGAGAAUAUUCCAACCUCGGCAACAUCGAAGGAUCAAAUUGAAACUAUAAUAACUAAACCAACAGCAAAUAUUAUGAACGACCAAACUGAUAGUGAUCCGUUACCCAAAGUUGAUAACAAACCAAUAUCAAAUAAUGAAGAGGGGCCAAAAUCAUUGAAAGAGGGCAACAGUGAACAGAAUCCAAGUGAAAAUAUUAGUCCAGAAGAUGUAACUUUAACCAAAACUGACAAUUCUGAGAAUAAGGAAUCAUCAUUAAGAUCCAAUAGCAACAUAUCUUUUCACAUUAGUAAUGUGUGGUUAGAAAUGAGAUACACUCAACUACAGAUUUUACUUUACAGACCAUCUGCAUUGAUCCCUAAGCCACCAAUUGAGUCACUAACAGUACUCGGAGAGUUUUGUUUGGCUGCUUGGAGACACACCUAUACCUUGUACAAAGAAAAAUUACUACCUCUCAAUUGGAUUACCCUAUUCAGAACUCUGACUAUAUGUAACACUAUACUUUAUUGCCUUUGCCAAUGGAGCAUUGAUCUUGUUGCCAGCACAAUUGAAAUUCAGCAAUGUGUUGAAAUUUUGCAACAUUUCGGUGAGAAGUGGGUUUUUGCUAUGAAAUGUGCUGAUGUUUUCCAAAACAUCAGUAACACAAUAGUAGAAAUUAGCUUAUCGCAGGGACAAGAUCCUAAUAUCGACAAAUUAACAAGGGAGCUUUUUGGCGCUAGCAAUGCCUAUUUGGAGAUUCUUAAUGAGAAUAACGUUGAUGUGUCUUGGGAGGAUCGCUUUAGAUAA